GUGGGGAUGAAAUGAUGCCAGGUACGUGGUUUCUAUGCAAACAUGUGGCGGAUGUCGAAUUCAUCCGCACUUACCGAAAAUCCCUGCGUCGAAGGGAAGUUCGGAAGACUGCGCUAAGGGGUAAAAUACUCGGUAACACUUCCAACGGCCCGACUCACUGCAACCAUCCCGGCGGAGCGAUCCUUGUUGGUGGGCUCUCUUAGGCGUCAGUUGAAUGCCUCGACGACCGAACGAACCCCCUCUGCGCCGAGAAUGCUCUCUCUCACCGACAAGAUACUGUACCGAGGAUACCGCUAAUCCGAUGUAGCGAUGCUUACCCCUGUUCCGCAGUGCGGAGCCACGGUAUAUUUCAUUCUCAUCGUGUUGUUCAAUAUUCUCAGCCGUCUCAACCGUACAAUUCAGGGCCUUGACCUCAUGGCCGAACCAGGAUUGCAAACCCGAGAAAGAACUUCAACGCACAUGGCGAUUUCUUUUGAAUCGCUGCCGGCGUUUAGCCAUGUGUUGGAACUCCGGGAGUUUUGGGAGUCUAGGCUUCUGGAAGUUAGGUUAGGGACUUCAACAAACGUAUGUAUCCCAACGCGUGUAGCGAGCUCAACCUCUGGGAGAUCAGGACUUAGUGAACCAGGCUUCAAUAUCAAUAGAUUGUACCUCCCGAGCCCACUUGCAAAGGCACAGGGGACAAGAUACAUAAGGAGCUUCCUGGGGUAAGUUUUCCAACGUGAUCCUCUUUUCGCAAAUCUCUUACCCGUUAUCUGCCAGUGCCUCG